CGGAAUCUUGUAAAAGAUUAGGCCAUUUCAUAAAACAAAUGUAUAGUAACUCGCAGAAAACAUCUUUGGGACAGUUGUAUUUAUUUCAGCUUUGCAUUUUAUGUUAAAUUGAAUCGUGAACCGCUUUGUAGGUCCAUUGGAAAGGAUUCAUCUUCAACUGUUGCGGAAGGGUUAGCAGUCUCAAUUCUGCUAAAGAAUAGAUUUGCAUUGAGAGAAGACGUAAGGCUGCGUUUAAAUCCAGUGAGCGAACGUUCCUUUCUUCGACGGGAGACACGGAACUUUCGGCUAGCGGGUCUAGGAUGUCAGUUUUGAAUCAGAGCGGGGAAGAACAGGUGGAAUGUCCACUAUGCAUGGAGCCAUUGGAGGUGGACGAUCUCCACUUCUACCCGUGCACAUGUGGAUACCAAAUAUGCCGGUUUUGCUGGAAUCGAAUCCGGGAAGGCGAGAAUGGCCUCUGUCCGGCCUGUCGGAAGGCCUACCCGGAGAACCCGGCAGACUUCACCCCGCUCAGUCAAGAGCAGGUAGCAGCAAUAAAGACGGAAAAGAAGGCGCGCGAGCAAAAGCGGCGGAACAAGACCCUGGAGUCGCGGCGAGCGCUCGCGAACGUGCGCGUCGUGCAGAACAACCUCGUGUUCGUCGUGGGGCUGCCCGUGCGGCUCGCGGAUCCCGAGAUCCUAAAAAGACAGGAGUACUUUGGCAAAUAUGGCAAAAUUCACAAAGUAGUUAUAAACCAAAGUACAACGUAUGCAGGUUCACAGGGUCCGUCCGCGUCUGCGUACGUGACGUACGUGUCGUCUGCGGAUGCCCUGCGCGCCAUCCAGGGCGUCAACAACGUCGCCCUCGACGGCCGCGUGCUCAAGGGCUCGCUCGGCACCACCAAGUACUGCGCCAACUUCAUGAAGAACCAGCCCUGUCCCAAGCCAGACUGCAUGUACCUGCACGAGCUAGGUGAUCCUAAGGCGUCGUUCACUAAGGAGGAAAUGCACGCUGGCUUGCAUCAAGUUUAUGAGCGCAAGCUGCACAACCAGUUACUCCAACAAGGAAAUAAACCCGACGAAAAGCAUAGCGCAGGUAACUCUAGUACGAAUGCAGAAAAGAAUGGUUCGAAAGAAGGUAAUCCAUCGAACUUUAUACCGACAACAGUGGUCACAUCGUCAAAUAUAAACGUAGUCAGUUCAUCUAAAUCAAAGAAAGAAUCGGUAAACGGUAGCAAUGGUAUAGAAGCGAGCAAUAGUAACGGGGUGAACGGAAACGGCAAGGAGGCGUGGCCCAGCCUCGGCUCCUCUCCCCCCUCGGAAAGCCCCGUCGGCAAACAGUCCAGUCCCAAACCACAAGCUCAGGUUAAGUCACAAGAAAACGGCACAUCAGAAUCUUCCAGUCCCACACAAAUGCAACCCGCUCAAACGAAAAGCAAAGACCUCAGCGACUCCAAAACGAACCGGACCCACAAAGACAGCACAAACGGCCAGCCGAAGAAGAGCAAAUCCGACCAGAAAAACAAAAAACAUAGUAUUCAAACCCAAGAUACUGACCCCGAACCCCAACCUAGCAUCACACAGAGCUCCGUCUUCGAGAACGACUCACAAAACUAUCUAACCAAUGACUUAGACGAGCUAGAAUCAGACCGACACAGCCUUUUAGAAAACCACGAUCUACUCCACAGCAGCGAUCAUAGCUUAUUAGAAGACGACACACACAACCUACUAAACGAUGUCAAUAAUGAAAUGAUGCUUCACAAACAGAGAGAAAUGCUCGCCGGCUUAGUCGAUAACCAUAUGAUAAAUCCAAUGAAGCCACUAAAUGGGUACGGGCUUAUAGACAGAGACGCUAUGAGUUAUAUAAGUAAUGAUAGGCAUAGUCAAAUUAGCCAAGGUCUGAUGGAGAAGGAGCUCUUGCUUAGGGAACGCAGUCGGAGCGAGAUGCUGAUGAGACAGAAUGAGAUGUUGGCUAGGCAACAUAUGGAGCCCAAGCAUUAUUUGCAGGGGAAUAUAGGACUCGACUCCAAUAGUGAAUUAUUAGGUGCUAAUUAUCAUCCAAAUCCCAAUAUGCUUCCAUUCGGCAUGCGCGUCGAACACGCGUCGCCACUACAAAACAACAUGCAAAACAACAUGCAGAACAUGCAAAAUUCCAUGCAAAACACCAUGCACAAUAGCCUCCAGAACAGUAUGCAAAACACCAUGCAGAAUAGCCUCCAGAACAGUCUGCAAAACACCAUGCAAAAUAGCCUUCAGAACAUGAAUAGCCUUCAAAAUAGCAUGCAGAAUAGCCUUCAGAACAUGCAGAGUAGCCUUCAGAAUAGCCUACAGAACAGUAUGCAGAAUAGUUUGCAGAAUAACAUGCACUAUGUAAUGCACAAUCCUCAUGCGGGGCCUGUGCCCAACGGCUUUGAAGCUCCACAGUCUUCGAGCGAAGGGCGCUACCUGGCGGAGAACAUGGACAAAUUCUUCACCGAUUUCUACAAGACACAACAGAUGAGGCUGCUCCUGGCCCGCGCUCCCGAACACCCCCGACAGAUGGCGCUCGAGCACGAACACAAACAGAGAAUGAACAACAUGAGGAUGGGUAGCGAAGCCCCGCGUGCGGCGGGGGACGGAGACGACGACCUGGACUUUGAUCCCUUCAAGGAGACGCAGAAGGCUCUGGCGGAAAUGAUGGAAACCGAGAUGAUGCAGAAUACAAGCGGCGAUAACAUGGAGUUGGUGAGACGCUCGCGCCUGCCGCCGCCCGGCUUCGCGCUGCCCGCCCACCACCAGCACCAGCACCAACACCAGCACCAACAUGCGCAGCCGCAGCACCCCAUGCAUACAGGUUUCAACAACACGAGCGCGUCGUACUCCGACUGGACCCAGAUGGACCCGGCCAUCAUGUCGACGUCGGUGAACUUCGGCAAGCCGCCGCCGGUGCCCUCGGGCGCGGGACAGCAGGAGCUGUGGGCGCGCUUCAACUCGCUGGCGGUGGCGCCGGCGCCGGCGAGCAAGCUGCCGCCGGGCUGGGGCAAGCUGGGCUGGGGCGCGCUGGCGCCGCCGCUCGGCAACAUCCCGCUGCCGCCCGGCUUCUCGCCCGCCAAGCCGCCGCACCCCGCGCACUCCGCCCACCCCGCCGAGUGCAUCGACGCCAACUAACGUGCAAUCUGACCCGCGAUUUUCUAUAUUACUCCUUUUCCGUUGGUGAUGUGAACGAUAAAUCUUUGUAUUAAGAGAGGAUAUUUUAACGAGAGAAAUAUGAUAACGAAGGAAUUUGUAAAAUAAAUUAACAUAUUUGUUUUA